GCGCAACCAGGAGAACUUCAAAUGUUCGUAGAAUAUAUGAUUACAUUUAAUAAUUGAAUUAGAAAUUAUCUAAAUAAAAAAAUUACGUGUAAAAAAUAGGUAUUGUAGCCGAAUUUUGUACUCUACUGCAGGUUGUCAUCUUUCGAGUCUCAACUUUACGGCACUACUUGGUUCUUGAUUUCAGUCUUUUCCGUCUGAUUUUUUCGGUAUUAAUUAUAAUUUGGAUUAUUUAAUCUUUUUCCUAUUUAUUUAUUUGUUUUGGUCUACCAUCGCUAUCACUAUUGAAACUUUGAAGACUUAAUUUUGGCGAAAUUUGAAACAAAACACGGCAGGAAGUAUUCCUUUUUGACGUUUAUUUUCUUUCUUGCUGAAAAAGAUACCAAUGUUAUUCUUUUAUACGUCUCUGUAAAGUUAUGGAAGCUUCAAGCAGACUCGAUGCUCAUGAAUUAGCUACAGAUGAAAAUCAAACAGAAUCCUUUGCAUUAAACGGAAAAGGCAGAAAUGUUUAUCGAUCGCCUCUAAGAGCUCCUCUCAAGUCAUUAGAAAACGUUUCUCAUGGUCCCUUGCACUCUACUUACAUAGACACAGGCCGUUUCAUAACAUCACCCACUAGUUCAGAAACAGAAAAAUAUGUUCUUCCAGAUGAGAAAGAACUAGAUAGUGUUUUGUUGAACUCCGUGCCUGAGGGUUCAUUUUCUGACCAGAAAAACUCAUCCCUGGACAUUUCUGAAGAGUCCUUUGAUUUGAACACCUCCAAAGUCACAGAGCCUUCCCAUGUCGCAAUCCCUUUCUUUACGGAAGAAGACUUUCGCUUGUUAUCUCAUGCUUCGAAAUUUGUGAAAGCGCACCCUUCCAAGGAAGAUGACGAUCAAGACCCAUCAAUGGUUUCCGAUUAUGAAACCGAUAUAUUCCAAUAUAUGCAUGAGUUAGAAAUGAACUUGGCACCAUCUCCUUCUUAUAUGUCUAUUCAACAGGAAAUCGAUUGGCCAACUAGACAUUUGCUGAUUGACUGGAUAAUCCAGGUCCAUCAUUAUUUUCGACUUCUUCCAGAAACAUUGUAUCUAACGGUCAAUUUAGUCGACAGGUUUCUUUCCAUAAAAUUGGUAUCGUUCCAAAAAAUACAACUGGUAGGCCUUUCUGCAUUGUUGAUUGCUUUUAAGUAUGAAGAGAUUCAUCCACCGACCAUCUAUGAUUUAGGUAAGAUCGUAGAAGGAGUCUACGAACUUGAAGAAAUUAUCCGCGCAGAGAGAUACAUGCUAAUGCUGCUGAAAUUUGAAUUAAGUUGGCCAGGGCCUAUGUCUUUUUUAAGAAGAAUCAGUAGGGCUGACUCCUAUCAAUAUGAUAUCCGAUCUUUAUCAAAGUAUCUGAUGGAACUGACAUUAAUGGAUGAAAUGUUUGUUGGAGGAUAUCCCAGUGUAAUAGCAGCAGCUUCUUACUACUUGUCUAUGCAAAUGUUAGGAUAUACUACAUGGACGUUGCAUCAUAUUUAUUACAGCGGACUCACUGCUCGACAACUGGAACCUUGUGCGCUAGGUAUCAUGGAAUGUAUUUUGGAUGCUCCUAAUCAUCACCGCUCUAUUUUUCAAAAGUACAGUGAAAGUAGGAUGAAGCGCAUCAGUGUCUUUGCUUAUAAAUGGGUUUCUAGCAUUCUAUAAUUCUGUUCCAUCUACUAACGAUUUCUUUUUUUUUUUUAAUUUCUUUUUUUGGAAGAUUUGCUUUACGAAACUAUUUUUGAUCAUUUGGUUAAUGCGGCUUCCCACUCCCAAACACUUUUUGUUUUCUUUUUGCUCGAAUUAAUAAUAUCACUUUUGUAAUCAUCAUUAUAGCUAAUUAAUUAAUUAAAUACCAAUUGUAUCAGGCGCACAGUCAUAUGGAAUGAAAAGUCUCAUAUUCACUGACCACC